AUGUCCACCACAGUCCCACCUGAACCAGUCUCUCAUCCCCAGGACCUCAGAGGGCCCCCAUCGCCUCCCUCCGCCGCCUCCUCCCAAUCGCAGCCCGGCCCCCAGCCCGCCUCAAACGAUGUCCCACCGCCACCAAAAGACGAAACCGAAGAAGCAACACAAGUAGCAACCGAGGCCAAGAAGCGCAUGAACCGCGAACUCAAACGCAUGCUCACAAUCACCACGGAAAUCAGCACCGCUUCCUCCGAAGCCCAGCGCAACGCCUCCGCCCAAGGCCAGACCGACACGCCCUGCCGCCAAAUCGGCGCCGGCGCGUGCGGCACCGUCUGGUCCUCGGACGGCCGCAACUUCGCGCUCAAGAUCGGCCGGUUCGACAACGCGGACCUGCGCAACGAUUUCGACAAGCACGUGCUCAUCGCCCGGGCCUUUGCCGAGUUUUGCGUCGCCAGCACCCGCGUACCCCACUGCUACGACUACAGGGCGGGCGACGACGCCCGCAAGUUGCUCGAGAGCCAGGGCAUCGUCGACACCGCCAUCCUCCCCGCCGGGGAGGACGGCCCGCCCACCGGCGCCAUCCUCUGUGCGGAACGCAUCUGGCCCCUGCCCGAGGCCACGCGCCACCUCCUCGUCGACAGGUACUGCCACUUCGACCCCGCGCAGAAGGAGCAAGCCAAAGGGACCCGGCCAACGCCGACUGCCUCGUCCGCGUCCCAGAUGAAGGAGCUCGAGCUCGACGUGGCCUCGUACGCCCGCGGUAUGGCUGAGGCCAUGGCCGUCAUGCACUGGGCGGCGCAGACGGAUGCUCGUGACGUCGAGUUCGUGCUCGGAAGCGCCGCCACGAUGACCUUUGCCCGGGCUGGUAGCCAGCAGGGUGCUGGUGCUGGUGCAGCAGCAGGAAGCCAUGGCACCGGCCUGGUAAGUUUCUUGAGGCGCAGCACCGAGCUCUGGCUCCUCGACUUCAACCAGGUGCGCAGCAUCACCCUGGACCAGGACGGCGUGGCCAUGGCCAUCGACUCCGCCAUGGUCAAUGAUCCGUAUAUCCCGAGGCCGACGGAGGAAGGCGCCAAGGAGGUCUAG